CGACUCUCCUUCCCUGACACACAUCAACCUUUCAGCACAUUUUUGUCCCAGUCAUGGGCGGGUUCUUUUCAUCUGAGUCGGCUCCUCCACAGUCUCUACCGUCUCUACCGUCUCCACUUUUAACAACUCCAUGGAGAGAAAUAUCCUGGGGAAACACACAGGAACCUCUGCAGUACAUGAAGAAUUUUCAACCUCAAAAUGAAAAAGUCGAAGCCAUCAGAGUUUUACUCUGUGGACCAGUUGGUGCAGGAAGGUCCAGCUUCAUCAACUCUGUCAACAGCGUCCUGCGAGGGAGAAUGACCCAUGAAGCUCUGGCCAGUCCUACCUGUGGUAGUUGUUUCACCAAGACGUAUCAAACCUAUAAAAUCAAGAAAGAAGGCAGAGGAAACUUUUAUCCCUUUGUGUUCAACGACAUCAUGGGUCUGGAGGACGGAGAUGGACAAGGAGUCAGAACAGACGACAUUAAACUGGCCUUGAAGGGACAUGUGAAGGAUGGAUAUGAGUUUAAAUCUUCAGCUUCCAUUUCUGCUGGUGAUUCUGACUACAAUGCUGACCCGUCCCUCAGGGACAGAGUUCAUGUUCUGGUUUACAUGAUUUCUGCUGAUAUGCCACAAAUGAAGUCGUCUGUUUUAAAGAAAAUGACGGAAAUCAGAGAAGCAGCCAGAGAUCUGGGAAUCUAUCAGCUGGCGAUUCUCACCCACAUUGAUGAAGCCUGUGGUGAAAUAGAAAAAAAUAUCAGAAACGUCUACAAGAGCAAACAUUUAAAGAAAAAGAUGACUGACUUCAGCUCCAGUUUGGGGAUCCCAAUGAACUGCAUUUUCCCAGUAAAAAACUACAGUAAAGAAAUUCAACUGGAUCCAGACGUCGACGCUCUGAUCCUCAGUGCUCUGAGGCUGAUGAUUGACUUUGGAGGCAACUACGCUACAAACAAUCAACAUUUUGUUCCAGCGAUGGGGGGUGGUUCUCCAGGUUUGUUAGAAACUCCAUGGAGAGAUAUAUCCUCAACAAACAAACAUGAACUUCUGCAGUCCAUGAAUAAUUUUCAACCUCAAAAUGAAAAAGUCACAGCGGUCAGAGUCCUGCUGUACGGUCCAGUUGGUGCAGGAAAGUCCAGCUUCAUCAACUCCGUCAACAACAUCCUGCAAGGGAGAAUGACCAAUGAAGCUCUGGCCAGCAACCUAACCUCUGAUCAAAGUUUCACCAAGAAGUAUAAAACCUAUAAAAUCAAGAAAGAAGGCAGGGGAAACUUUUAUCCCUUUGUGUUUAAUGACAUCAUGGGUCUGGAAGAGCAAGGAGGAGUCAGAACAGACGACAUCAAACUGGCCUUGAAGGGACGUGUAAACGAAGGUUAUAAGUUCAAUCCUGCAUCUUCUCUUUCUGAUGAUGAUCUUGGCUACAACUCUUCUCCAUCCAUCAGUGACAGAGUUCAUGUUCUGGUUUGUGUUUAUUCUGCUAAUGCAUCACAAAUGAGGUCAUCAGUUUUGCAGAAAAUGAGGGAAAUCAGAGAAGCAGCCAGUGAGCUGGAUAUCCCUCAGCUGGCAAUUCUUACCCACAUUGAUGCAGCCUGUGGUGAAACACAAAGAGAUCUGAAAAACAUCUACAGGAGCAAAUAUUUAAAGAAAAAGAUGACUGACUUCAGCUCCAGUCUGGGGAUCCCAAUGAACUGCAUCCUCCCAGUGAAGAACUACAGUCAUGAAACUCAGCUGAAUCCAGACAUCGACACUCUGAUCCUGAGCGCUCUGAGGCUGAUGAUUGACUUUGGAGACGACUACGCCGACAAACUGUGAAGAUGUGGUAGAAACAAUUAGUAGUGUCUGUUUCAAGUAAGUUUUUAUUUUUCUUUAAAUUGGUUUAAUUUAAAACACUAAUCAGGUGUAAACACCAUAGAAAUGCCAAAAGACAAUAAAAACACACUGUAAAACAAUAAUUUUUUUCCU